AUGUAUCAUGCUCUGCCGUUCCUCAAGAAUCGUCUGGACGGCCUCGAAGAAAGCGAUGAAACAUACGAUCUUCGUUUUGAGCUUAAUGCUGGUAUAUCGUUCAUUUAUGAGCAUUGGGAUCACGUCAUAGGAGAUCUCCAGUUAACUCCUAAGGGCUUCAUAAAGUUUGAUACGCUCUGGACUUUAUUCUUCCCUGGUUGCCUCCUAUACGGACUUGACGAACUCAGCGAACCUCGAUGUUAUCGUCUCCUUUCUUUCGAGUAUAAAACGGUGCAUGGUGUGACGCUGUUCAUCCUUGAAGUUGACCAUUUGGAUCAUGAUGGAGAGCGAAUAGGGUAUAGAACAAGGAGCCAGUCUAUUAUAUUAUUCAAGUCGUCCAAGCCUAUCCGAGGGUUACCGCUAUAUCCUCUUAGCCUGCAUCCCGAUCGCGACGAGGUGCGAAAGCAAUUGCUUUUACGCGCUCAAAAGACAUUGCGUCUCAAAGGACGACAUAUACAGAACUACUAUGGCCAUGCCCUCGAAGGCCGUUCAGCCUCCCUGAAGUUCAACUCAAAUGGGCGCGUGAUGAUCGAUCCUGUGCUUUACGACAAAAUACAUCCAAGUCGUUACAAGACACCGAUUAAAGCGCAGGACCAUCAUGGGGAGUCUUCCGAGUUCUUGGAAGAAGACAACCUAAAUGAGGACCAGAAAUUGACCAUGAGUUCAAUGGUGUAUGGCUAUUGUCUACGCAAUAAAACAUGGGGAGCUUUUGCGGUCUCUCGACUUUCUGAUGUCACAUGGGAUACUUCUAUCCUCGAUUCUGUUGAGAUUGACCCCACAAAGAAGUCUUUCCUCCAAACCGUAAUUGAAAGUCAUGUCGCUCUAAGGGAUGACUCAUUCGAUGAUAUUGUCCGGGACAAAGGCAAGGGUCUCGUUGGGCUUCUCUGUGGCCCUCCUGGUGUGGGAAAGACCUUGACCGCAGAGGCCGUUGCUGAAGUGGCGAAACGGCCUCUCCUAGUCGUAAGCUCCGGCCAGAUGGGCUCUAGUGUAGGUGAAGUGGAAAAGUGUCUGAAGGCUGAGAUUGAGCUUGCCGAGGCCUGGAAAGCUGUGCUUUUGUUGGAUGAAGCUGAUGUGUUCAUGGCUGAGAGAGAUGACGAGCAUAUUGAGCGAAAUGCCAUCACAUCAGUGUUCCUGCGAGAGCUCGAGUACUACCGCGGCAUUAUCUUGCUCACGACUAACCGUCUCAGAAGCAUCGACAGUGCCUUUCAAAGUCGUAUUCACUUUUGUUUCCACUACGAUGAUCUCGAUGUGACGGCAAAAGCUCUAGUAUGGAAGACCUUUUUGGCCAAGGCAGGCGCAUCAGAAGGCGUUAGAGUCGAUAUCACCGACGAACAGAGACAUAUUCUGGCUGCUGAAUAUGACUUCAACGGCCGCCAGAUAAAAAACAUUGUCAACAUCGCACGUCUUUAUGCACUGCAGAAGAAGCAGCCGAUCACCUUGGAGCUCGUUCAGAUGGCAGCAGGCUUUUCACAAUUUACAACCCAGACAAAGAAGCGAAAGAGAGCGGUAGAGGACGAACAGCUGUCCACAAAACGUCAGAAGGAUGGAGAUUUCUCAUUUUAA